AUGGCCGGUGGAUUGCUUGGAGGCUACGGCCUUGGCUAUGGUGGUGGCUACGGUGGGGGAUUCGGAGGAGGCUUUGGCGGAGGUGUCGGCGGCGUCGGCAUUGGUAGCAGCGUGGCUCUCUUGCACAGUGGUCCAGGCUUUGCGAAGGCUAUCGCUGGCCCUGCGUUCCUCGUGAAGAGUGUUCAUCACGUUCACAAGCUGCACGGAGGAGGAGCGGUCAUUGCGCACUCUGGCUUGGGAGGGGGAUACGGAGGCGGUUACGGAGGAGGAUACGGAGGAGGAUAUGGUGGCUUCGGUUACGGCGGCUAUGGUCUCGGCUAUGGCUUCAAGGGUUGAACACCACACGCAACUUUAUGGUCUAGUGAACGCUAUCAUUAGUUCACUACUAUGACAGAGAAUAAUUGGGCGUAGAGACUGGCCCCGAUAAGCAGACUGGUGGAGACUAUGCGCAUAACAAUACUUUGGCGCGUUAGGUCUGCGUGCGAUGGGGUAGUAGUUGCUGUAAUGAUAGAUAUCACUAUGAAUUGUUAUGAAGCCGAGUGCGAGAGUGAUAGGUACACAACUUUCAUAAAAUCGUAAUAGCCAUUCUCACCGACGCUUUGCGAAUGCUGCAUUUCAGCGAUGCUAGUUCAGAACGCAUUGUUGUAUCAUUUUUAUCAUGGCUUGUUUAAUUUGAAGUAUUGCUUCGUGUCAUCGAAGAGUCUUUCUCAUGCACUGUAUAUAUGCAUUGUAGUCAAGAAAAAAAUACAGCAACGUUUUUCAGCAUGCAAUUGUGUUUUCUUUAUGUAUGCUUUGCGGGCCCAAUGUGGGAAAGAGGGGAGGCGUACGAACUGCCGAAAAAUUGAGAGUAGGUGA